CUGUGCAGUUGGCAAAGAAGUGAAGCAUAGCUAGGAAAACCAUGGGAGAGGUAGACCCUGCUUUCAUCCAAGACCCGCAACACAGACCAAAGUUGUGUGCUACCGAAGCUGAAGAAAUUCCUGUGAUAGAUCUCUCCCCAGUAACCAACCACGCAGUUUCAGAUCCAUCUUCCAUUGAAGGGUUGGUGAAGGAGAUAGGAAGUGCGUGCAAGGAAUGGGGUUUCUUCCAAGUAAUCAACCAUGGGGUGCCCCUUAUUCUCAGACAAAACAUUGAGAAGGCUUCGAGGAUGUUCUUUGCUCAGAGCUUGGAGGAGAAGAGGAAGGUUUGCAGAGAUGAGAGGAAUGCCAUGGGUUAUUAUGACACUGAGCACACUAAGAACGUUAGGGACUGGAAAGAAGUGUUUGAUUCUGUUGCCCAAGACCCCAGUGUGGUUCCUCUCACUCCUGAUGAACAUGAUGAUCGACUCACUUAUUGGACUAAUGCAUCACCUCAGUACCCUCCACACCUCAGGGAUACAAUCAAAGAGUAUGUUGAACAGACGGAGAAGUUGUCCUUCAUGUUAAUGGAACUUAUAGCUUUGAGCUUAGGCCUUGAAGCAAAGAGGUUUGAGGAAUUUUUUGUGAAAGAUCAAACUAGCAUUAUUCGUCUUAACUAUUAUCCUACAUGCCCUAGUCCACACCUAGCCCUUGGUGUUGGUCCACACAAGGACGUCGGAGCCUUAACCGUUCUUGCACAAGAUGGGGUUGCAGGACUAGAAGUGAAACGCAAAGCUGAUGGAGAGUGGAUAAGAAUUAAACUCAUCCCAAAUUCCUUCAUUAUCAACCUUGGUGAUAUUGUUCAGGUUUGGAGUAAUGAUGCAUAUGAGAGUCCAGAGCAUAGAGUGGUGGUGAACUCUGAGAAAGAAAGAUUUUCAUAUCCAUUCUUCCUCUUCCCUGCGCAGGAAACUGAGGUCAAGCCUUUGGAGGAGUUGGUAAGUGACCAAAAUCCUUCCAAAUAUAGGCCAUAUAAAUGGGGCAAGUUUCUUAUCCACAGAUUUAGCACCAACUUCAAGAAGAGAGAGGGGGAAAACAUUCAAAUAUUACAUUACAGGAUAAAAUAAUAGUAUAUUAUUAACAUCAUUUAUCAUGUGUGUGUAAAAUUCUAAAUUGGGUGUAAUAUGUAGCAUUAUUAAUCUAAAACAUUAUUUCUGAAGUGAAUAAUGGUAAAAAUUUGUUGUUGAGUUUAUAAUGGUUUUAUGUAUGCAAUAUUAUCAAAUAAAAUAAUGAAACACCAAUUA